UUUGUUUCCAUCUAGAGCACGCCUUGCUUCCGCUGUCCUCGACUUCCGUCAGCCAAGCACUCCUCCACUUUUCCUAUCUGCUUCUGCUUCCUGCCAUCGAUUCUGUUGUCGCUUCUCACUUCUCAUUCCCUUUUAUGAUCACAAACUCUGCGGCGAGGGGACAAGGGCACAAGGAUAGGUUCUCUGGAACAAACAGUCUGCACGGAGACCAAAGCACACUGUUGAGUUGAGAAAAAAAAAAGCAGGUUGCCUUUUGUCUCCACAUGUGACCAAAAUAUCUAUUUGCUGAUAUGGAUGGUUACUUUCGGGGGUUUUCUGUGCGGGUUGAACGUUUCUUUCCUUGUGGUUUGGUGUCCUCGGAGAUUGAGCAAGCUUGGCGAGUGGGAGAAACGCGAGGAGGGCGAGCGCUAUUCUCUGCUCUGUUUCACUGCUUUUCUUUCCUGUAGUUCUUGUGAUCGUUCUUCGUCCUUUUGUGGUGUUCCUUUUCCCUUGCUAAACUUUCUUCUUUCUUCCCCUUUGGUGGAGGGCGGGCAGGGAGAAAGGUGCGAUCGUUUUCGUCUCAUUUUGUCUAUCGUCUGAUUGAGAGGCAAUGGCGGAGGAGUAUAAACGUGGAGAAUGGAACACCUACGCUGCCGCAGUGGACGAAAAGCUAGAACUAAGGCUUGGCCUCCCUGGAGGUGAACACUGGUCGCCGUGCAGGAGAAGAGAGAGCUUCCUAUUGAUCCUUCUCUCUCUCUCGGACACAUCUCCAAGCUUCCCAAGAGCAACAACGUUGCUGCUUCCUCUGCAACCAAAAGAGGCUCAACGAGUCCAGUUGUUUCCAAAACGGAAGCACAAACAGCUUGGAUUCCGCCAAUCGCAGGCCAAAGGAACAGAUUCAUUUCAGAAAACAAAUGGAAACACAGAGCAGCAGCAGCAGCAGAGCCUUGUGGGGAAGUCCAAGAAUUCCACUAUAGUGCAAAUCGAUUCUCAUUCAAGAAUUAUGGCAGCACCUGUUGUUGGUUGGCCUCCCAUCCGCUCAUUCAGAAAGAAUCUUGCUGGAGCUGCUAAAUUGUCGAUUGAGUUUCAAAAUGGGAACUCCAAAGUUUUAAAGAAGUGCGAGAAUGAGAGGAAAUGCCUGUUUGUGAAAAUUAACAUGGAUGGCAUACCCAUUGGAAGAAAAGUAGACUUGUUGGCAUAUGAUAGCUACGAUAAGCUCUCAAUGGCUGUCGACGAGCUCUUCCGAGACCUCAUGGCAGAAAAACUUGUGAUUACUACUGGCUUAUUAGAUGGCAGUGGGGAAAACACUCUGGUUUACGAAGACGAUGAAGGGGACGAGAUGCUGGUUGGUGAUGUUCCAUGGGAAAUGUUUGUUUCCUCGGCCAAGAGACUACGAGUUUUGAAGAGCUGUGAUCUCUCUGCAUCAUCGGUAAAUGUGUUUGUUUCAGGAAGAGGGAGAAAGGCAAGAGCAAAUGUGCCCUGAGUUGGACCUCUAGGUCCUAGGAUUCUGUCAACUGCAUGUCUUCAUUUUUUUUGUUGUCUGAGCUGCAAGGGAUGAGUUCUUGCCUAUUUACUUUAGCUGGGCUUGCAGUGUAAAGAUCUUCGGAGACAUGUAUCUAUCAUGUAAAUUCAACGUAUAAUACGACAAUAUCUAUAGCUAGAUUCUGUCCAAA